CUUCACAACUUCACAUGGUAUUGGAGCUUGCAGGGAACGCCGCGGGAGAUAACAAGAAGAAUCGCAUAGUGCCGAGGCACAUCCAGCUUGCGGUGAAAAACGACAAGGAGUUGAGCAAGCUUUUGGGGUCGGUGACCAUUGUCAGUGGCGGAGUUUUGCCCAACAUCCACCAAACUCUUUUGCCUAAGAAGGUGGGCAAAGGAAAGGGCGAUAUAGAUUCUGCUUCUCAAGAGUUUUAGGGCUCCCUAGUUUUUUUUGUCAUCACUAUACAAUGUAAUG